AUGCACAACAGGACAGAAGUUCUCAUUGUGGGCGCUGGCCCCACCGGCCUAGUCAUGGCCCUAUGGCUUACCCGCCAAGGCAUCAAAGUUCGCAUCACCGAUAGAGCGGAGCACAGCGCCACCACUUCCCGCGCGCUGGCUGUCCAUGCUCGCACUCUUGAACUAUAUCGCCAAUUAGACCUGGGAGAUCGGCUGGUUUCCCUCGGCCAUCCACUCGGGGCGACAAACGUUUGGACACAGGGCGUGCAUCGGUUUCGCGUUCCCUUUGGCCACUUCGGAACGGGGCUAACGCCAUAUCCAUAUAUCUUGAUUGUCCCCCAAGAUGCGCAUGAGCAUUUGCUGGAAGAACGGUUGAAGGAGAUGGGGGUCGAGGUGGAACGGAAUCAGGAGUUGGUGGAUUUUGCGGAGACCGAUGGCGGAGUCGUGGCGCGUUUCAGAAAACCACAGGCUCAGAUCUCGCCGGAGCCAAAUGAUGCAGAGAACGGGCUCCAGACGAGUGAAGCAGCGUAUAUCGUCGGCUGUGAUGGCGCCCAUUCUAUUGUGCGGCGCGCCGCAGACAUCGAUUUUGCUGGCGAGACGUACGGCCAGAUCUUCUUCGUCGCCGAUGUCGAGGGCCAAGGGCCUGCCAUCAACGGUGAAGGGCACGUCCAGCUCGAUGGCGAGGUGACCUUUCUCACUCUGGCAUAUGACUCGAAGCGACAUGCUCGACUGGUGGGAAAUGUGGAUGGGAAACAGCUCGCUCGCAUUCAAGCCAACAAGGACAUGUCGGACGUUAAAUUUGAGGACAUUGCCGUCGCCGCGCCGGCUAUGCGCCACAUGAUGCAGAUCGACAAAGUCAACUGGUUCGCGACGUAUAGAGUUCAUCACCGUGUGGCCGAAAACUUUCGCAACGGCCGCGCGUUUCUCGUCGGCGAUGCUGCUCAUAUCCAUAGCCCGGUUGGAGGACAGGGUAUGAACACCGGUAUCGGCGACGCGAUCAAUCUCGCCUGGAAAAUGGCCGCUGUAUUGCAUAGUCGGGCUGAUGUAUCAUUGCUGGAUACUUAUGAGACGGAGCGACGAGCCUUUGCACUCACCCUCGUCGAGACGACAGAUUCAGCCUUCACCAAGCUAGCUGCCAGAGGCUGGCUGGCAAACCUUGUGCGAUGUUACAUCAUCCCCUUCUUUGUGAAGAUCGCAGUACAGUUUGGCUUCAUUCGGCAACGAAUAUUCUUUGGUCUGUCGCAGAUCAAGCUGCAAUACCAUAAGAGCCCGUUGUCUGCAGGAAUCGCCGGCUCUGUGAGGGGUGGAGAUCGACUACCCUGGGUUUCAGAUGGCGAAACAGACAACUUUGUACCCCUCAAGGAGAUCACUUGGCAGGUCCAUGUUUAUGGUGAGGUUUUGACAGAAUUGGCUGAAUGGUGCCAGGUGAAGAACGUUCCGCUGCACCAGUUCAAGUGGAACGCUCAGUAUGGCCAAGCGGGUCUCGCACGGAACGCAGCAUACUUGAUCCGACCGGACAUGUAUGUCGCAGUCGCUGAGGUGUUGGGCAAACCUGAGCGAUUCGAUAGCUACCUCCGGGACUUUGAACUAGACAUCGAGUAG